AGUCAAUUAAAUAAGGAGUGUAGUUGAUGACAAGUCUGCAUUCACAAUGCAGUCACAGUGGUUAGAAAAAUCAAAUGCUCCUCUGUCUAUAAAAUAUGAAGAUUGUAAAGCUGUAGUGCAGAAUUUGCUGAUAUCUGCUCCUCGUGGACUUCUUCUGAGACAGCUCCUUCAAGACUACCAAGAAUGUGAAGGCUUGCCUUUGCCUUAUUUGUCUUUGGGAUUUUCAAACCCAGAGAGUUUGCUGCGUAGCAUGAAUGAUGUUGUGAGCCUGCAGUGCUGUGGCAACACCAUCACACUUGUGGCUAAAUCCACACCUGAGACAGAACACAUCAGGCAGUUUGUGGUUGAACAGAAGAGCUCCAGGGCUGGAAGGCUUGGGGGUUCAAGCCUCACACGAAGAGGCGGUGGCCACAGCAACAGAGUCCGGGAACGCACCCCGUCUGCGCGCCGCAGGCGGCCUCUCAGUGUUCCUCCUAGCAGAAAUUCCUCUAAUAAUACAGAUGGCCACAUGUAUAUUGUUCCUCCAUAUAUACAGAAAAAUAUUAAAGAGCUACUACUGAUGCAUCGUCAUGGAAUCCCUUUGGAGUAUAUUGGUGCUGAGUAUGAAAAGAAAUAUGGCUUUCCAUUGAGGAUUCCAUUUAAUGAGAGUAGACGGAGGUCAUUUUUCAACUCGAUGUCUCAUUUCUGCCACGUACGCCUGCAGCGCGAUGGAAGGAUGGUUGUCGCCAUUAACGAGGAUCUCGCUAUGACCGCAUUUAACAAGCCAAAAGAGCAUUCUGAUGGCCGUGAAAGGCGCAACACUAUUUCCAUGGCGACAAGCACUUCUUGUGGGAUUUCUUCAAAGUUGGCUCCUCAAUCCAACAAUGCUGCAGUUAAUGAUGAAAAAUAUAAAAGGGAAAGCAGCGUUUGCAACGGACAUCUCAAAACUUUGACUCGUCUUCCAGACAAUUCGAGUUCCCAGGCAUCAAAUAACAAGAACUUUUCCAAUCAUGACCCCGAAAAGGCAAGCGAGAAAAACCGUGGAACAUUUGACUUGAAUUUGAGAGAAAAUAAAUUUCCAGGGAGCGAUUCCUCGGCAAAGGUUUCGUCUCCUGAAGUAUAUAGCGUGGCGUCCCCAAAUGUGUUGGAGUCUAGACCAAGAAAGUCAGCAGGUCGCCUGAGUUUAUCAGCAAUAGUUCUGGACCAAACACUGCCGUCGCCGAAAAGCGCUCCAUGUUUGUUGGAAUCUGACGCGGUCAAGGCUGCCGAUCGUGAUAAAAAUGUCCCUGCUGCUAAUGUAACCUCCAACAGCGCGUACAACGAAGAUGCCAAUGGCGAACAGGAAAGCUUGGAUUAUUUUGACUAUUCCAUUGAGUGGAAUUAUAAUGAGACUUCCGAAGCGAAGAUCAAAGCGGAGAAUGAGAAGUCUACCCCCAAGACCAUCUCAAACGAAGAAAAAUCUUUUGAUUCGACGUCUGCAAGUUACCGACCAUCGCUGGCGCGCCCUAAAAUUCCCUCUCAUAUUUUGAAGCAAGCUUGGACCCGUCUAAAUGAAAAGACUUCGACCCCACUCAUCAAAAAUGAAACAAAGCAACCUCGUUCAAAUGUAAAUGUUAUCAACGGCAAUGAUCGACCUAAGGAAUUUCACGAUGAUGCCAAGAAUGAAAUUUCUUGCAAGCAUGAAACGGCUGUGUCUGCUUCGUUAAUUAAUAACGAAAUGCAUUUGGACAAAACUAAUAAAAAUCAAGUUGCUGAAACUUCAAAUGAAGGCGAUCGCAAUGCAUGCGUUGUAAAAGAUUCAGAACGCUUCGUGAUGUUUAAGCCCUCGAUCUACGCCGGCACAUCUAAGGCAUCAAAUUCAAGUCUAGUUGUUACUGUUAAUCAAACCAUCAAAAAGACAAUAAACAAUGAGCUAAACAGUGGUGAUGGUCCCAUUGAAUUCAAAGGCAAAGGAGAUAUUGCUAAAAUUUCGUAUCGGUCCACUACUCCGCGGUAUAUCCCCGAGAAUGUGAUGAGAGGCUUGACUGCCGCAGUCAAAUCCAUGAGUAACUCGCAUACGAUCAGCCCGCAUCAGAUCGAGCAGGCGUAUAAGAUUGCUACGGGGGAAAGUUUGAACCUCGCGAUCCUUGGUUUGAGCAGCUUCAAGGAACUGGCGUACGCAGUGCCGAACCUCCUGACGGUGGUGGAAAGUUCCUGUAACGGAUAUACAAUCAACGUUGCAACGGAACCAACUGUGCCGCCCCACGCGGCACAGGCACAAACUGUGCUGUACCAUGCGACACCAACUGUGCCGCAAGGCUCGGUGCCAGCUGUGCCACGUGAAGAAGUGCCGGAGGCGAGCUCAGCAGGCCAGAGGCCGCGCCGAAGAUAUGCGCCCAAUGCGAACUUUCUACUUAACUUCGUCAAAGGCGUCGAGUAUUCCAACAAAAUGCACGUGGAAAAAAUGACUCAAGGAAGCGGUCUCAAGAAAGAAGCUCUCAAAGACUUGAUUAAAGGUAAAGGCCAGAACAACGUAGCACAGAAGCCUCUCGAAGGGCCUGAGUCUCGCAGACUCGCCAAGACCUUGAAAAAUCGACCUUUUGGCCUUAGCUGUGAUCAGCUCCUUCAGGCGUAUAAGGUCGACUGGCCGGCACACAGCGCCGACUUAUGGUAUGCUGCUCGUGGCUACGAGACCAUGGAAGACCUACUGGCCACCGCUCCAGCGCGGGCCCUGAAGCUUGUGUACACCGAGCUCACCUGUGACGUGGCCGGUCGCUCCAGCCCUUCCCACCGCGUAUCUGUCUUCCCAUACGAUGCGCAGUUGCCGAUAUCCCAUAAACCCGAUGAUGCCACGGACUCUGGAGAGUGCGGCGCUCUUCUUGAGCAUUUAGCUGGGCCUGACUGUGAGCUUCCUGCUGACACAGAGAACCCGCUACUGCAGGUUGGAGGAAGCGUAGAGGGUGUCAUGUUGGGAGAGAUGUAUUCUCCGCGCAACUUCGGCGUCAUCUGCAACAUGGCUGGCUUGGACGAGCUCAUGGAUGAUCUCGAGAAAUACUACAACUACCAGUACACUCAGGACCAGUGGCAAAGCCUGGCCCUACUUGACGAAUAUUACAAGCCUGGGCAACUUGUGGCAGCCAACGACCCUAAGGACGAAGUCUUCUACAGAGCUGUCAUCCGAGCCAUAAAACCUAACGGCAAAGCCCAAGUCCUGUUGGUGGAUUUCGGAAAAACUUUUCUAGCUGAGCGCUACAUGCUGCUGCACCUACCCCUGCAGUUCACCAAGCAGCCUCCUUUUGCUUUACGCGCUUGUUUGUACGGCGUGUGGACAACGGAGAACAGUUCGACACGCUGGAAGUCGGGGACCCUUACACGCUUCGUGAGCUUCGUGUUGGACCGGAAACUUCGCGCCACCACAAUCGCCAUUCAGGGUUCCACUGUUCUCCUAAAACUCGUAGACCCGUCCUCGGAUGGCAUCAAAGACAUCGCUAAGAGACUCGUGUGCGAAGGCUUCGCCAUGCACAUCACAGAGCUUACGAUGCCAGAGCUCACAGUAAAAAACGCCUGUGAUAGCGACGACGCCAGUAACAUCGACAAGAAGGCCAAAGCUUUGCAAACUACGGAAUUGACUUCAAAAAAUUCAAUGGUCUUCACUGAUGCAUCUGUGACUGAACAAGAUAAGAAAGCGACUUUCGAAAACUCUGUAAAGGCUGAAGCCGCAAGUUCAGAUGCAAGCGAAUCGUCCAAACUAUUAGUCACAUCGCAAGGGAACAGUGCGAACACUCUAGCAUCAACAAACGCCUGUGACUUAUUGAAAGCUGAGUCUUCAUCUCAUGAUAUUCCGGCUCAAAGCACUCCAACUAGUAGCUCUGCUCCAACUUGCAGUGGUUCAACCGCUCCAAUGCAUUCUUCGUCGUGUACAGUGGAUGUUCGUCUAUCCAGUUCAGAUGACGUUGGAGUCGAAGAUAAGAUUCAACGCACCCAAGGUGACUCGCUUGACCAAAAUUCCAAAAACCUUGGAAGUAGCGCCUCUACGCAAUGCGAUGCGAUUGUCGAUACAAACCCUGGUGUUUUCACUUUAGAUCAGCUCAUCCAACUACGUGACUCAACUUCUCCAGUAGUAAAAAAAGUAACAACUUUUCAGGCUCAAGAUCAAGUCGACCCUAAUCCUACCCUGAUUUCAAUGCCUAAGCAGCCUACGAGACUCGUGCCUCAGCAAUACAUCAGCAAUUAUUCUCCUGUUGCUCGUAGUAUUUAUAAUGGAAGAACUUCCGGGCUGCAGCAGCCAAAAGUCAGUCCUAUCCGUAGUGCGCCAUUGAUGCAACCGAGUGGAACUGUGCCAAAUCAUCCUCUGCCUCAGCACUACUAUCACUUUGCUCCCGUUGUUCGUCCUCAAUCCUCGGUGAUGCCUCUCCAUUUUUCACAACCCCCAGCGAUACCUCUCCAUUUUCCACAUCCCCAAGCGUUACCUCAACCUCAAGCAGCAAUGAUGAUUGCUACUAGACCGUCAUUGAUGCCAACUGGGCAAACUGCCUUGUACCAAGCGUGUCCUGUACCCCCUCUGCCAAAAACUGUCACUUCGUUGGCGUCUGGUCGAGGCCCUGACAAGAUGGAAACUACAUUGGCUUCUUUGGAGCACCACAGAAGCGUCCUCCUGCAGCAAAUUAUGAUGCGCCCAUGCGACCAGGGCCUCAUGAAGGCCUUGGAGGACAUCACUGCCAAUAUCUGGCGGCUGCAAGCGCUCAAGCGUACCAAUGUGUGAGCCUCGAACUUCACAAACGCCGAAGCGUGGUCGGACCACGAGAGAAAACGAGCUUUUGUGGCAUGCUUCUUCUACUGACUUCAGAACGGAAAUUAAUUAAUUCGCUAAGUUGAAGAAAGGAUUUAUUACUUAUUUGUAG